GUAGUGUGAGUAUCUCCCAGUUCCGCCCCUUACCCCAGGCCAUCUAACAAAAUUACAGGUCAGAUGUCAAAGAACGGAUAAGCCUUACAGAGAGGAGGCAGCAAUACUUUGUAAGACAUUAUUGAUCGUGUUCAGUUCGGAUCGCGGGAUUCGAUCGCGUCAGGUCAGGUGACGACGCGUCUACCAAACAGGAGCAAUCGUUGCCACUGCUGCUUCUUCGUCGCACAACCUCCAAAUUCUAAUUCUGACCCGAAUUUGAUCCAAAUCCGACUACCUCUCGGGAUACUCUACAACUGUACUGUGCCGUUCGGAGGCAUCAUUGACUCACAGUACUGUGCAUUUUUUCUACAGCGUUGUCCUGUUCGCUAACCACCAUCUUCUAGCUAAAUCCAGCGUUCUAGCGCUCUGAAUGUCUGCGGUCGACGUAAAUGGCUGCAUUAUAUCUUCAUAAUGCAAUUUUUUCCCCCGAGCCAGCAGAAUUGCCACCCUCACAUUCGCGGACAAUCUCGACGGCGACGUUGAGGACUAUCGCUUCAGAUAACUCUCAUCCGACGGAACCGCUACUGAAUCCAUUGUACUCUGGUUCAGCGUAUCUCGACCUUCUCGAGCGACAGCCAACUCAUCCUCGAGGUCCGAGUCCAGGGUGGGAUAUGGGGUUGUCCCUUGACGACACACCAACAGUAAGGGAACGCAAGGGGUACUGGGAAAAGGCUGUUCGCCGGCGUUUAAAGGUUCUAAAGCUAACCGUGUCGGUAUUCGAAAUGGUCAUGGGUGCCUGGGCCAUUUACAACACGGUCCGAUAUUUUCUGGCCUUUGCUGUUUACCAGUCUAUCACCGGUCAGGACGUUUCUCUCGCCCUAGGGACCAGUACAGCUGUCUCCGCAACGUUUUUGUUAUGCCGUGUCAUCGUGUCUUUCUUCCAGACCCAGUUGAUACGCGCUCACGUUCAUCUGCAUUCAAUUCUCCUCACACGAACCAUAUUUCGCUUCCUUGCAUCUAUAUUCCUGUUGGGACCUGCGAUCGUCGCGUUUGCAUUAACAUUCGUUUGGCGAAGUGUUCCCGAAGAGCCUGAACUUAACUUGUCACAACGAUGUGGGCUCGACCUUGAUGUAGUUUGGGUCGUGUCAUCUUCGAGCGCGACGUGUCAGGGCAGAGCGCACAAUUGGGCAUCCUGGCUAGGCUUGUCUAUUCUUCGCAUCUUCAUUACUUUGGCUAUCAUUAUUCCUUACAACUUGUCUUCUUCUGCCUAUCAGGUUACUCGCCGCCCCUCCCAAGCAGCCCGCAGACGCAGGCGCCGCCGCCACCGCCCCGCUAACCCCGAAUCAGUCGAUCAGUCGAUGUCUUCCUCUCCCCUUAUGGCUGCCUCCUUUCAUACCGCGCCCACCACUCAGUCUUCCAAUCCACACUUAUGCUCUACUUCUACCAUCACAUCCUCACCGCGAAUGCAGAAAUCCUUACGAAGUUCACGAAAUACCUCGAUAAGAAGCAUUCCUAUAUCUGAUUCCCCUCCAUCGGAAGAAGACUCAUCCUCCACGGAAACUCACAAUGUCCAUCAUCAUACACCUAUUCCUAGCGGUGAAAAAUCUCGUACAUCAAGUUCGAGUGCCACCCCUCAAACUCCGACACCACCGCUUCCCGUAGUUUUGGACAGUGACCGUGAUCUCUACAACUUUGUCGACCAAUUCCGUUCACUCGUAUCCCAAAUCAGCCGAGAGACCGAUGAAGGUCUAGAAUAUGCUCGUCCUGAUGGGUCUUCGAGUUCUCGUUCCGAAAGCAUGGCGAGUUCGUACUCGUACUCCGCCGCUAUUGGAUACGACGAAUUUGGAAGGCCCUAUCCACCGGAUGAUCAUGUUCGGGUACUGGGAGGAUACGUACGCCGAAUGCCUACGAUUGAGAGUAUUGGUUCGCGUGAGAUGGGCACGACGUCGAGUCUACACACUGUCGAGCGAAUGGCUUCAAUCAGUCGACCACCAACGCGGAACACGCUUCCAAUGUCGAGUGAGCCUCCGAGCCGGUCCAAUAGCUUGCUUAUGAGCGCGUGUGGAGAGCUUGGAGAGCUUGUUGCUGACCACGUGGAUACACGAGGCAGUGCAAGUACUGGUGGGAGCCAACCUUCAACGACGAGUACAAUGUCCUACUAUACUGCGGGGAGUGGGGCUGCGAGUCCAGUGCUGGAGACACACCCGACGAUCGUGGAAGGACUGCAGUACAUCCCAGGGUCUCCUUCUCCGCUCUGAUUCAUCCAUUCUUUUUUUCGGUUUUCUUUCGGACGGAUGAUGGAACAUUGGAGCUUGAUCUAUCCGUAACUUAUCAUCAUUUACUGUGACUAUAGAUUUACUCAAGUCAAUACUGUACUUGUACUCAUCGGUACCCAAUGGUUGUUAUACUAAUCCAGUGAUUUAUUUGCACUGGAAUGCUUUUGUUGAAAUUCGCUGUUGUGUCCCUCAGCGU